GACACAAAAUGUCACAAGACGAUGGAUGAAGAGGAGCCGGGAUUAUUAAAAUGUUACAUUUACAAAUUUAGACACAAUAUAGAUCUUGGUGCUAUAAGUGAGACAUAUCCAUGCAUAAGAUUUAGACUUUUGGCGGUGCUGCAUACCGACUGCAGGCUUCAGUUCGUACAUUUGGACCCAAAAAUAAACAGCGAGGUUCCCUCCCUCCAAGGAAUCAGAAGCUUCAUAUGGAAUAAAACAAAUGCAUUUGAUUCCACUAAUCAUGAUGGGUCACAGCUCUGUUUCACUAUCACUAUUGAAGAAAACAAUCUUCGUCUGGUGUCUUACAAACUAACAAAGGGUUCACUGAGUGCUUCUCCGGAGGAAUCAUACAGUUUGACAGAUGUUUUAAUAACUACAGGAGAACUUGCAGAAGACAGUACACUGAAACUUCUGGACGUUUCUCAUCAGCAUGCUGUUCUGCAGUGUGAGGGACUUAUUAUUGGUUUGUCCUUGACCCGAAGUGAAGUACGGAUUAUCUACAAAAUACCUUACAACUCUCAUUACCAGAUAACUGCAGGCAUCUUAAUAAUACUGAAUGAAGAACAGCUUAAUUUUUCAUUUUAUGACCUGCUCACAGGAGGCCUUGUUCUAUGCCUGGAUGUCAGUCAAAGUAUUCUUCACUCUAAAAAACCUACAAUCUGGAAAUUUUCAGAUGACCUUGGGCGAUUGGUCUUUGUGCAUACAGAUGGGGUUUUGUGGGUUUUAAAUAUUGAGGAGUUCACUUCAGUGAUUGAGAACACAGUAAAAGUAGAACUUGAGAAACCAGAAAAGUUAAAAAGUAAAGGUGACUUUGACACUUAUACUGCAAGUAGAAUUGGGGAUGAGGCAUGGAGGGAAAAACUGUCCUCUCUGUUUCACAAGUACUGUCAUGGAAAGGGUUCAAACCAGUGGUAUACACAGGACCCAAAAAAGACAGCAAAUUCAGUCAUUACAGCCCCAUGUUCCAAGUCCAAAUCAAGGAGAGUUUCAGGUUUUCAUAAGGUAAAAGAUGAACCAGAGGAUAGCUAUGUAGAAAGCAAGAUGGUUUUACCUGCUCUGGACAGCACUUCCUGUCAUUUGACUGACUUGAUGUUCUACCAUUCUGUGGUGUCACUCAGAUGGAAGAUGAAGGAUCAUGUAUCAUUGAUGAUUUGUAACUAUAAAACUGGAACCAUCAUGCAAGAAAGACUGUCCUAUUCAGAGCAGCUAAUUCUAUCCUUUGAACCAGACAACCCCCACCUGAUUCUGACACCGACCCACCUGGCCUGUGUUAUUGUGGACAGUCGUUUACAGCAGGAGGGUAUUGUCAGCAAGACCAUGAUGUAUGCAGGUGCCAGUGUAGCAGACUCUCUGUGUCACAUUAACCACUGGGGGAGAUGCUCUGUCCCCAUCAACACUUUAGACAUAGGACUUAAACACAGGCAGCUGGACACCGUCUCAUUCUUCCUCAAGAGUAAAGAAAACAUGUUUUCAAAUGAUGAAACUGCUCCUUCAAGUGCUGCUUCACCCAGUCCUGCCUGGACCUUAGGUAGUGGUUACCAUGACACCUUGAUGCAGCUGGAGCCAGCCCUGAGGUUGCUGAUACAGACAAUGUCAGACAACAUGACAGACAGGCAGUCAGUUAGCUUUUCCAGGAAGUUGGCAGACAUAACCUUGACCUUUCUGUACAGACUGCUACAAGAUGCUGUUACCUUGACAGAAUCAUCCAAGAACAAGGGAAGUAAAAAUGAAGAGGUUACAGAUUUGGAGCAUUGUUUGGACAGCUUAUUAUCAUUCAUCUCAGAAAUCAGACAGUGUGUCAGACAGGGGGAGACUCUAGACAGCAGUACAAAGAGAGCUGAAAGUCUCACAGACAGGAAAACAACGUCUAGACAGGUGUCUAGGGAACAACAGAACAUACAGGAAAGUAAGAAGGAUGAAGUGAUGGAAGCCCUGAUGAAUAAUGCCGUACCAGAAUUACAGACAAAACUGUGUUCAGCUGGAAUGUCCAGUAUGGCAUCUAUGGACAGGAUUUAUCAGAAGGGAAUGGAGAGGGUCCAUUCAUACCUUAGUAAGAAGAAAGCCCAACCAGCAGUGAUUAUACUGGCAAAUCUGGGUAUUGAUGUUGACCAAAAGUUGUAUGAGAUAGCAUCUUUAACUGUUAAUCCUGAGGUCAGAGAGUUUAUUAUUGAAGAAUGUUUGAGUUACUCCCUGUCUCCGCAGCAGGCCAGUGAUGUGGCCUUUGUUCACGACCUUGAAAGGGCUACUACACAGGAGCACAUGAAAUCUGGAACAAAGGAAAAGGAUGAAAGUGCACAUCAGAAGGAGCUGGAAUUAAUUUUACAAGAAGGAAAGGAGGCCAGGUUUCCUCUUCCUUCAGAGGACACCUGCCCCAGUGUACUGCUAGACUGGGUACAACACUGGGACUAUGACACCAGACAACUCAUACAUCUAGAAAUGGGGGUUAAAGGUGAGGAAGAUAUAGACAAUGAGCUAUACAUUCAGUAUUUAUUGUGGAACAACAGAGCUGACUUACUGAUUGAAUGGAUGAAGGAGAAGGGAACACAACAUGGAGAUGUCAUACACAAAGUACUAGCUAACAGUCACUGCACAGAAUUCACAAGGCAGCUUGUCAUCAGAGAACUGUUCAGACUGGACUGUUAUGGGGAAUAUGGAAAAACUAAAGCAUUUCUACAGAAGUUGAGGUCAGUAGGAGGUCCUUUGGUCAGAAGUAUCCCAGAAUUUCAUGUCCCAUUCAUCUGCUUCUGUGUGACAGAAGGUUUACCUGAUCUUCUAUGGCAUUAUUGUGAAGAUCACAGAAUUUCAGUGGAUGUGCUGCAAGAUUCUGUAAAAGUCGGAAAUUGUAAAGCUGACUGGCUGGACAUGUUUGUCAUCUUCUACGAUCUAGCUCACAGGAAACAAAACAGACUUGAAGCUGAGGAUGUGUAUAAUCUAAGUCUGUCAAAUUCAUCAUGGAGUUUUGGCAUGAGGGCUCCCUCUAUCAUAACACUUUUAAAGCAAGGGCAAACAAUCACUGCUUUAGCUACAUUAAUGUAUUCACCUACAAUUUUACAACAGCUUGUAUCAGGGAACAUGGCAGAGCAAGAACUAAAGGUGAUAGAGGAAAAGCUUAUGGAAUAUCCUAAACUUCAUGGGAUGUUUUUCUCUGUCACAGCACGGGAAAUUCCCUCCAAUGACAUCACCAUCUACCAGCUUCUGAAGAACAAUGCAGCAUUUGAUCCGAGUCGAUUAUUUGGAUGGCAAGCACUUAAUACCCUAUACAGUGGUGAAGAGAAUAUGAAACAGUUGCCGAGUUUCUCUCAGGUUGAUUUAGUGGCCCGAUAUGGAUAUUCUGAGAGAAUCCGAUACACAUACUACCUCAAACAAGGCAGACCAGCAUUUGCUCUGCUUUCUUUCCUAUCGGAGGAAAUCGAUUCUGUGUCACAGGAGGUCUGUCCCCAGAGAUUGACAGAGGCAGGUAAUGCUGCAGCUUGGAUAGGAGUUCGUCAUUAUCACAACUCUCAGGUAGCGUGUGCCUGUGUGGCCUUCAUUGAGAUGAUGGGUCAGGACAGCCUGGUCUUACGAACUCUGUUACAGGCCGGACAGGAAGUGCUACUUCAUCUGAACGGGAACCUCACCAGUGCUGGGGAUCAAAGAAGGGAACAAGCUAAGAAAAACGAUGACCUUAUAGUGUCUUGGUUGUGUGCCUGUUUAGUGUACAAAGGUCAGUAUGCUGUAACUCUUCUACACCAACUGGAGGCUGCAAUCAAGGGAUCUUUAAAGAAAGACAAAAUUCGAAGUACAAGUUUUGAGGCUGGACAGAAGUGGACAAUAGCAGUGGUCUUUUGUCAGCUGAUGUCCAUUUCCUGGACUACAGUAUUUCUGGAGACCUGUGCUAAAGCUGAUAAAUGGCUGUCAUUUCUGUGGUUUGCCCAGCUUCACCAGUAUUCCAAACAACAGUUGCAGCCCUUGUUGUAUAAGUUCAGAUGUCCUCACCUAAAGCAACAUCUACACUAUGUGAUAGAGAAUGCCGAGUCCAAGAUGUCAACAGGAAGUACUCCUCCAGUAAGUCAGGGGAAGCAAUCCCCCAGUAAGGAUGUCCGAUCUUCACUGUACGCCAGGAUAGGACUGACCAAAGACAAGGACAACAAUGAAAGUAGCAGCAGCUGUGAAGAAGAAACUAAGAGCAGAGUAACCAACUCUGAUGAAUGGCUUCAGCAUUUAAUGGAGGUGAACCCAGACUCUUUACCUGAUGACCUGUUCCAGGUGGUGUUUAUUGCCCAGGCCACCCCCUCCCCCUGGAAGGCUCUGUUGGUUUAUUCCAUUCUACUGCACAAUCCAGUCCUGGCUGUCCUAGCUGCCUGUGAUCAGGACUCGGCUGAGUUUUCCUGCCUCUGUGGUUGGUCUGUUGCGAUGAUGGAUGUGGAAUCACAUGACCAAUAUAUAACCAAUCACGGGAGGGCUGUGUGGUCUUGGGGAGUGAAGCACUUUGACAAAAUUUUAAGUAUAUACCUGGAUAAAAACUGGAUGUCCACUCUAGCAACAGGACUCAGUAUUUUUCUGCCUGAAUCCCCAUUGCUCCCAUUCUGCCAGUUUUCAGCUGCUCUGAAUGAGAGAAGAGAUUACAAGCAGUGUAAAGUCUGUUUGGAACAGUUCAAAGAAGCAAUGCAGAGGAUAGGUGGCGCUGAUUCCCCGACUGAUCACCCUGUAUACAAAGCCACUGAUUGGCUGCAGCAGGAGACUUACCACAUCAUCCAGCACCACCUCCACCACACCACCAACCUUCACAUGCUACUUAACCUCCUCAAACUCUUAGACAGUCAGAGCAUUGUACUAGUCUUCAAGUUUGAUGUUAUUGAUUUUGGUCAGUUGGCACGUCUGUUGAACACCAUUGUAAGUGCACAUGUACUGGAUGUUAAUUUCAAAAAUCUUGUGUCCAGCAAAGCAGAAACCUUCCAGAAGGAGUGCAGAAAGGUCAUGGAUCACCUGAUAGAGAAGCACAUGUUUAAGGAAGCCAGACAGAUAGCCAGAGAGAGUGGAAUAAACAUGGAUGACGUUACAAUAGAGGAGAACAAGUGGGAGAAGAAGAAGUUAUCAGGUACCUCUCUUUGGGAGGAUCAGCUAACGAGGAGGAGGUUUUGGAUUGUGUGUGAGGAGCGAUGUAAACAACAAAGAGUAGCCUCCCUUACUGUGUCCCAGUACUUCCAGAGUGAAGCUGAUCAGACUCAGGACUUGAGUGAGAAGGCUUUCCUGUACCAGCUUGGACACCAUUGGAUUGAAAAUAUGGAGACCAGUGAACAUCAGGAACUCGGGGACCUGUUGUACAAUAAGAUGUGGAGAGCACGAAUUGAGAAUGCUGUCAACAUCCUACAGACUCAUCAGCUGUCGGGCUCCAUGGAGAUGUCAGAUGACUUAUUUUCUCUUCUUGAACUUGGCACAGUGGUGGGCAGCCCAUUGCCCACUGAACUUCUGUCACUGGGCAAGACCCCUAGCAUGGAGUGCUCUCCCAACAACCUCUCAGAACAGGAAGUGGAUGCUCUACAAGUGAUAAUCAAUGAAUUAAUAGACAGGGGACACAACUCUCACAGCUGCAGGUUAGCUGCUGAAUUUGGGGUGUACAACAAGGACCUAGCUAUUGUGGUGAGCUGCAUCAGGCUGGCUCGGGGUGUAGCAGAUGUAGACAGUCUUCCACCCAGCAUGAAGACCAUCCUAACUGGUUCACCAUCCAAACACAGGCACUCUAUAGCAACACCAGUAUCUGUACCCACACUGUCUAGUGUGGUCAGUAUGUCGUCCCUUGGGGGGAUGAAGACUGACUUCCUCUCUCCUGAUAAAGAGCAGAUUAUCCUUACCAUGGAAACCCUGGAGAAUGAACUCAGACAUGGAAAGAAAUGCUGUAAAAGGAUCGUAACCUGCUUCCUGAUAGCUUGUACUUUGGGUCAGUCUUAUGAGGACACUGUCCCCUGUCACGAGUUUGAUGUACUGAAACAGCUACUUAGGUCAGAAUCUGAUCAAAAGUUCCGCUUGGCUGCAGAUUACCUCAGCACUACCAACCUAAAGUCAAUAGAGAUUGCCAGUUUUCUUUGUGAUUCUAUUGUUGAAGUUUACAAGGUCAUGUUUGCAAAUGCUACAGCUGUCAGUAAGAAAGAUGGAGCAUUAACCUUUAACCCCUCAGAAAAGAGUGAAGAUGCCAUUAAUUUUGUGAAGUUGUGCCCUGUCCCUGCUACUCUGGGGAAUAAACUCCUGGAAGCCAUGACAUCACUCUCUGGGGAGGAUCAAGACAUUCCAAAACACAUAUUGGACAUUCAGACAGAGUUAUUGAUCUUGGCACAUCUGUGUCAUUCAUCAGUGUGUAACAUGGAGGGGAUCUCUAACGUCCUCAGGGCAGCAAGGGUGAUGACAGAAUGGAUGGAGAAAGCCGGGGAAUUUAGGAAUAUGGUGAGACUGUUAACUGGGAUUGGUCGCUUCAAUGAAAUGAUUUAUGUAUUUGAUUCACUAAAGCACAAUGAAAAGUUUGAGCUACUCCUCAGUAAAGGGAUAGAGAAGGAGAAGAGUCUGAAGAUGGCCAUUAUAGAUUAUCUGAAGCGGUACCACCCACAUGACAAUGAGUCUUUUGACAUGGUGGUCCACUACUUUAUGAUGCAUAGAGAGAUCGGUCAUUUAUUGGAGACCAGGGCUCAGCAAAUUCUUGAGGCAUUCAGAGAAAUCCCCAUAGAUUCCUGUCAGGAGACCCAAACAAAUCUUCAGUCAGUUGUCCAGUUUUACAUGGAUGCUGCAGAAAGUUACUGCAAGGAGGGUUGCAUGAGACAUGCUCAGAACUGCAUGAAGCAGGCCAGACUUGUGGCUCUACAGCUACACUAUUUAACCUCAGGGGUCAAGGUCAUUCAUAUGUCAGAUGAAGAAGCUGACCAAUUCAUCAAAUCUCACCCAAAAUUCUCAGAGGCUUUAAUUGUCAGUGAGAGCUACAAUAGGACAGGCUGUUGGAGGCAUGCUCUGUGUCACAAUGUUGUGAUCAAUGGAGACUUUCGCUACCUCCAGGAAUUAAAGAGACACAUAAAACUGACAUCUUCUCUGAUAAAGGAAGUGGUUAAGGUAUUUCAGCAGGAUCCUAACCGUUCUGUUAAUCAGAGAAACAUGGAGAGGUUUAUAAUGAACUGUACAGAUUUGAGGUUACAGAUCCAGUUGGCCCGAGAGCUUGAUCUGCGAGGUGUUCUGUCAGAUUUACAGAAGAAGGACUGUGGUAGUUAUGUACAGGACAUGAUGGCUAACUCCUAACCACAGAAUCACAAGAAAUCCCUCUCUUCAAAGGUUGUUUUAAUUAUCAUUUGCUAACAUUAACACCUAAAAUACUCAUGAAAAAACUUAAUCAUGGAGUGAAAUAGAUGCUUAGAAUACAGACUGGCACAGUUGUCUUCAAUUUAUGAUUUUUUAGGGGAAAUAUUUGAAUUCCAAAUAUUAACUGUAAUUAAAAAAGUAAAAUAAAAAUGUAUGAUUUUGAUAAAA